CGAAAUCAAAUACAUGUCUCUGCACGGCUCACACUCGGAAUAAAACCAUUCCAGCUUCAGUUUCUCAGUGGAUUCGUGAAUUUCGCGCGGUGCGGUGCAGUCGAGCUAUACGCGAAGCUCGAACGGAUAAUGACGAAGUGUCCUGUGUGAAGAAGACUAAUUAAAAUGACACGACUCGGCGCAAAGUGUGCGCUGCUUUUAGUCUUAAGCCUUGCGCUAGGUUUGCUGCUGCUGCCCAUGCAAAUCGAGGCCUAUUCCCAGGUCUUGAUGAGCGGGAAUGGUGCUGCAGCGGAUCAGGGACCACGCAUCUACAAGGCGCUGAAUACGGAUUUAAUAUUUCCCAAAAUUUUCAACUCGAGUGAGAAUGUGGUGUCCACAACAAGCACAACGACGACGACAACUGCGCUGCCUUUGCCCAUACCAUACAAUCAUAUACAAGAAGCACAGGUGAAAACUGAACCAAAGGUUGUGGUGGAGACUGAAAUAAAGCCUGUAGUGGAUCAGGAACACACUGUGUUCGUCACGCCCUUAACGCACGAGCAGCCAACAGAAGAAUCUAGCGAAUUGCCGCCACCGGGUUUGAUUGAAGCUGCGUCUACUGGACGCGCUAUUGACUAUCGCACCUCGUAUCCAUUUGGCCAGCUUCUCACGCCGCAAAGGAAGACACAGCGUCCACAGCGACCAAAGACACAGAGUCAACGGUACAGGAAUCCGCAGCGCGGCUACAAUCGUGGUCAAUUUCAAGAUCGCUUUGCUCCCGGUGAAGGCGUCGCUUCAAAUGUCUUCAAGGGCAAUCAUCAGCAUUCCCAUCAACAGCAGUAUGAUGGCAAAAUAGCUGCCGGUUCCAAUGUCGUCUCUUCUUAUGUGCCGCCCAAGGAUGCCUACUCCUUUCCGCCGCUCAAUACCAAAUAUCCAUCGCCAUCGCAGGAUCCCAAGGCUGCGCAGCCCUCGGAUACAAUUUCCAGCUAUUUGCCACCUGCAUCGGGGAAUGCUUUGAGCACUGCCGGUUAUGCUUACAACAGUCCCAGCACGGGCUAUCAAUAUCCUGGUCCUGUGAUCCCAGCCGGUGGUGAUAAGCUGCCGGCGGCGAGCUCAGCAAGCGCAGUGCCAGCGGCUCCAGCUGAUGAUGAUCCCGAGAAUGAUGACGUGAUUGGUACACUGCCAGCGAGUGCACAAGAUAAUCCGGCGCCGGCCAAGGAUGAGGGAAAGGAUGCAGGCGACGCGAUGGGAGGCGAUACUGGCGGCGAUGCGAUGAGCGGCGGCGAUGAUGGUGAUACAGGAGGCAUGCCUGGUGGUGGUGGCGGCGAUGAUGGCCCAUUGCCAGUGUUACAAACUGGCGGCCAAGCGCAUCCCAGUGACGAUAACAAGUAUGAUCCUAACAUGGAAUAUGCAACACCGCCGCCCGGUUGGUUGGAAUCCCAUCCAGAGUCGGCCGCGCCAAAGCCAGCAGACCACGAUCAUGACCAUGACCAUGAUCACCAUCACGACCAUGGGCACGAUUACUCUGAGCCCUUGCAAUAUCAUGAUGAUCAUCCCGAGCAUCACGAGCACUAUCCAGAUCAUCAUGAUUAUGCUUAUCCCUCAUUUCCCGAUGUCUCAUAUCCCGAACUUAUCUAUGAUGAUCAUCAUCACCAUCAUCAUCAUGUGGAACCACCGCCACCUCCUCCUCCACCUCCACCACCACCACCGCCAACCACACCGCCACCGCCUCCUCCACCACCGCCACCACCACCAGAGCCACGUGUUAAAAAGUACAGCUACUUCUAUAUUGGUCGAAAACUGUGGUACAUACCUCUGUACUUCACCGUGUGGUUUAGUUUCUACAUUCUGUGGCUGAUCAUCAAGUCGAUUGGUCGUCAUAAGGUCAAUUUGCCCAAUCACUAUGUGUCGCGACGUAGUUUACCCGAUUAUUCGGAGCAGAGUAGGAAUGAGUUUAUUAAUGAGAUGACAGUAAAUGUGCUGCAGCAGAUAGAUAACUUUAAGCAAAAAUAUUUAUAAUUGACGACCGGCGCUACAAAUAAAACACACUUGUAAUUUAAAACGGUUUUACUUUUUUUUGGCGCGAGCAGUGAAGUUGGCUGCGCUUGAAACUUUUGCGUUAUGCACAGUUAUCG